GCAAUGCGCUACUCGAACGUCAUUAUAGAGGGGCUCGCUAUAACAGACGGUUACCAGGCAUAGAUUGGGUGAUAGCGGGGCUUGUCAAGUAGAUAUCCUUAUCCCAUCUCAGAUCCAUCUCUUCCAUCCAGUCCGUAAGGCUGUUCGAGAGUUUAGCUUGUGCUCUACAUCGGCUUCUAUUCGUCGAAUUCAUGUGACCUAGCGGAUGUUUCUCCUUUUAUUUCCCCCAGUUUUUGAAACUGUCGAUGGGGCAAGAUGAAGAAGACGCUGCUUCUGUGCUUCAUCCACGGCUUCAAGGGGGGUGAAGACACCUUCGGAGCCAAUUCAGAGUUUGCCCAGCAUCUUGCCGCCCUACUCAGUGCAGCACUUCCCAAGAUCGACGUACAAGCCGUCACUUACCCCAAGUACGAGACCAGGGGCGACUUACACGAAUGCGUAUCACGAUUUCGCGACUGGCUUCUUGAGAGGGUAAUCGACAUCGAAGUUGCGAAUGGCACACCUUCACCGACUGUGGACCCUUCCGUCCACACGAUAUUGAUAGGGCAUUCUAUGGGCGGUAUCGUAGCCGCCGAGGCUGUCAUCGCUCUUGCCAACGAGAAGCCCAUUCCGCACGAUGGAGAUAAUCGAUCUGGCAGCGAGGAAGAUAAAGAGGACACGGAAUCAGGGCGCCAACGAGAAUCCUCUCCCGAAACUUUAAAUAGCUUGAUGUUCCCUUACGUACAAGGUAUCCUGGCCUUCGACACGCCGUUUCUGGGCAUUGCGCCAGGCGUCGUAGCGCAUGGCGCCGAAAAUCACUACAACAACGCCGCGGCGGCGUGGUCACAGCUCAGCGGACUUUCAACGGCAUUUUGGAGCUCAGACAACAAAGAACAGUCUCCUCCAGGCAAUAAAAAACCCGUGGCCGCGCUUCCUGCGCCGGCGAACGACAAGCCGAAUGCACCCAAAGGCGGUGGAUGGGGCAACUGGGGCAAGAUUGCAAUGGCAGCGGGCGCAGUCGGCGCAAUUGCUGCCGGCAGCGCGGCUGCGUACGUGAAUCGUGAACAAAUCACAACGGGAUGGUCCUGGGUAUCGUCGCAUCUCGAAUUUGUGGGUUGCUUGGCCCGCGGAGAGGAGCUCAAGAACCGAGUCCGAACCAUGUUACGGCUGAAUAAAGAGCUUGAUAUUGGGUUUGCGAAUCUUUACACGAGGCUUGGGAAGGCGGCCGCUCCGAAGCAGGUUAGUAUGGUGGGCACGGUGCUUGGUAAAGAAAGGACAUUCUGCAAUCUUCCCUCCAAAUCAGCUGCUGGUGUUUGGAAAGAAGCGAUCAAUGAUGCGGCCACUGAUGAAACGGGGGCUCAUAUGACCAUGUUCGAGGCGAAAGAGAACCCAGGGUAUGGGCGAUUAUCUGAGGACGCGAAGGACUUGAUUGUGGCUUGGUCAAAGAACGACUGGUAUGAGACAAGUACGCGCGGGGAUCUCGAAUAAAUCGGCGGUACAGAGUAUUAAUUUAAUUAUUUGUAUAUAUGUCUUAGUUCGACUUCAUUCCCCCUUUUCCAUGUUUGUCUAUAUACCAUUUGUAUUCUAUUCGACUCUUUUGAUUUUCUCACCGUAGAUACUCAGUAACUCCUCGUUUUACAUAAUAGUAAUAUGCGCUAUUGGUAGACAUUCCCAGCCAUUGUGCACACUCCUAU